GCCCGAACUAACUCCGGAAGAAAUUAUUUUUUUGGAAUUUAAUUCAAGAACAUUUGACUAUUUGUUGGCUAAAUUAUUUAUUCAACGAAUAAUAUAAAAAUGCAAGACAAUGUAAUGUUUCAUUCGUCUCCAAUAUCAGGCCGAAACAGCAUGGUUUUUCCGAGACGCGUAAUUAAGAUCAACACUUGCUGCUGUGAUCCACCAAAGAAUAAAUUGAUUUUACCACCUCAUUAUUACGCAGAUGGUUUGAAACAGCAUAUGAUUGAGACGCGAGUGAAAAAGAAGAUUGGCACCAGAGGACCUUAUGAUACGUUUACAGGACCCAGAGAUUUUAACAAAUCAAAAAAAUGUAAUUUUUUAUCGGACAAUUGGCCACUCCCACUCGAAUGCUGCAAAUCCCUUGAUCGUACUCGAACUUACACAAAUGUAUUUAGAUCGAAUAAAUCACCGACAAGGAAAGUAAAACGCCAUGUAUCGGAAUUUACUUGUACAGAAGUGCCCAAUUGGUUAUCAAUAAAACCAAAUAAGUAUUCAUUUAACAGUACACAAAAGAGAGGCGGCUGUACACCUUUUCAAAAUAAAAAGUAUUACCCGGGACCGAACCGCUACAAAGCACCUACUUUAAAACCAAAAACCGUAAAUGGACACACAAGCGUAUUCAAAAGUACUACGGCGCAAAGGUUAAAUGUAGAACACCCUGGAUGUGGCGGCGUAUUUGAAAAAAAAUCUAAAUAUCUAUUAUUAUCAAUAUUAUCUUUAGAAAAAAUUUAAGAGGACGUUCUACC